UCACAUAACCGGGUGCCGGGUGCCGGGUGGCGAUCAACAAGCAGGCACUGUACGCGGCUCUUUCCGGAUAGUCACACGGGCCGCGAAUCAACAAGCGGUGUGUCCCCACCCCUCCAUCCGUGUCUGCAUCCGUCUCUGUGUGUGUGUUCUCGCCGGUGCUUUCGUGAUUCGGUAACCGGGGGAAGAUGGCGGACCCGGCGGAGUGCACCAUUAAAGUCAUGUGCCGCUUCAGGCCGUUGAACAGCUCGGAGGUGACGAGGGGGGACAAAUACGUCGCCAAAUUUCAGGGCGAGGACAGCGUCGUGGUCGGGGGCAAGCCAUAUGUGUUCGACAGAGUUUUCCAGUCAAACACGUCUCAGGAGCAAGUGUACAAUGCCUGUGCUCAAGAAAUCGUCAAAGAUGUGCUUGGAGGAUAUAAUGGAACCAUUUUUGCCUAUGGUCAGACGUCCUCGGGCAAAACGCACACAAUGGAAGGAAAUCUUCAUGACACCGAUGGAAUGGGAAUCAUUCCCAGAAUAGUGCAGGACAUCUUUAACUACAUUUACUCUAUGGAUGAAAAUCUGGAGUUCCACAUUAAAGUGUCAUAUUUCGAGAUUUAUCUAGAUAAGAUUCGAGACCUGUUGGAUGUUUCGAAGACUAAUUUAUCUGUACAUGAAGAUAAAAACAGGGUUCCUUAUGUCAAGGGUUGCACAGAGCGAUUUGUUUGCAGUCCAGAGGAAGUUAUGGACACCAUUGAUGAGGGCAAAUCCAACAGACAUGUAGCAGUGACAAAUAUGAAUGAACACAGCUCCAGGAGUCACAGUAUCUUCCUGAUCAAUGUAAAGCAGGAAAACACACAGACAGAACAGAAGCUCAGUGGGAAGCUCUACCUGGUCGAUCUGGCAGGCAGCGAGAAGGUCAGUAAAACUGGAGCUGAAGGUGCAGUACUAGAUGAAGCCAAAAACAUCAACAAAUCUCUAUCAUCACUGGGCAACGUGAUAUCUGCCUUAGCCGAGGGCUCGACAUACAUUCCAUACAGAGACAGUAAGAUGACAAGGAUCUUGCAGGAUUCUCUGGGGGGUAACUGCAGGACUACCAUUGUCAUCUGCUGUUCUCCCUCCUCAUUCAAUGAGUCCGAGACCAAAUCCACGCUCAUGUUCGGACAGCGAGCGAAGACCAUCAAGAACACAGUGAGUGUGAAUGUGGAGCUGACAGCAGAGCAAUGGAAGAAGAAAUAUGAGAGAGAGAAAGAGAGAAACAAGAGUCUCCGAAACACCAUCACAUGGCUAGAGAAUGAACUCAACCGCUGGAGAAAUGGAGAGACAGUACCUGCUGAGGAACAGUAUGAUAAGGAGAAGGUGAAUGCUGAAGUGUUGGCGAUGGAUAACACAAUUAAUAACGAUAAGUUUGCAUCCACACCAAGCAUGCCGCCCAUGCCAGGGAUGCUUGGGGCCAGACUCAGCGAUGCAGGAAAAGAGAAAUGUGAGGCUGAACUUGCCAAAAUGUACAAGCAGCUGGAUGACAAGGAUGAAGAGAUUAAUCAGCAGUCUCAGCUGGUGGAGAAGCUGAAGCAGCAGAUGUUGGACCAGGAGGAGCUGCUGGCCUCAUCACGGCGAGACCAUGAUAACCUGCAGGUAGAACUGACUCGUCUGCAGAUGGAGAAUGAGGCAUCCAAAGAGGAAGUGAAGGAGGUGCUCCAGGCUCUGGAGGAGCUUGCUGUCAACUACGAUCAAAAGAGUCAAGAGGUGGAGGACAAGUCCAAGGAGUUUGAAGCCCUGAGUGAAGAACUUAACCAGAAAUCUAGUAUCCUGGCAUCUAUAGACUCAGAGCUGCAGAAACUGAAGGAAAUGGCCAAUCAUCAGAAGAAAAGGGUGACUGAUAUGAUGUCAUCACUGCUCAAGGACCUGACAGAGAUUGGUAUCGCAGUGGGCAACAAUGACAUCAAGCAGCAUGAGGGCAGUGGUCUUAUAGAUGAAGAGUUCACUGUGGCUAGACUCUAUAUCAGUAAGAUGAAGUCAGAAGUGAAAACAAUGGUUAAACGCUGCAAGCAGCUUGAAAACACACAGUCCGAGAGCAACAAGAAGAUGGAUGAAAAUGAUAAGGAGCUUGCCGCAUGCCAGUUACGCAUCUCUCAGCACGAAGCGAAAAUUAAAUCUCUGACAGAAUAUCUGCAGAACGUAGAGCAGAAGAAGAGACAGCUGGAAGAGGACGUGGACUCACUAAAUGAGGAGCUGGUCAAAAUCAGCGCACAGGAGAAAGUUCAUGCAAUGGAGAAAGAGAGUGAGAUUCAGAGUGCCAAUGAGGUCAAGGAUGCGGUUGAGAAGCAGAUCCAGAGUCACAGAGAAGCUCAUCAGAAACAGAUCAGCAGCCUGAGAGAUGAGCUGGAAACCAAAGAGAAACUCAUCACUGAUCUACAGGAUCUGAAUCAGAAGAUCAUGUUGGAGCAGGAGCGUUUAAGGGUGGAACAUGAGAAACUCAAAUCCACUGACCAGGAGAAGAGCCGUAAACUAAACGAGCUCAAUAUGAUGCAGGACCGCAGGGAACAGGCCAGACAGGAUUUGAAAGGCUUAGAGGAGACUGUGGCCAAGGAGCUGCAGACUCUGCACAACCUUAGAAAGUUGUUUGUUCAGGAUCUGGCAACUCGUGUUAAAAAGAGUGCAGAGAUGGACUCUGAUGAAACAGGUGGCAGUGCUGCUCAAAAGCAGAAGAUCUCUUUUCUGGAGAACAAUCUAGAACAGCUCACCAAGGUUCAUAAACAGCUGGUGCGUGAUAACGCUGACCUGCGCUGUGAGCUUCCUAAACUGGAGAAGCGCCUUCGGGCGACAGCGGAGCGUGUGAAGGCUCUGGAGUCGGCACUCAAAGAGGCCAAAGAGAACGCGGCCCGUGACCGCAAACGCUACCAGCUGGAGGUCGACCGCAUCAAAGAGGCUGUGAGAGCCAAGAACAUGGCCCGUAGAGGACACUCCGCACAGAUAGCUAAACCCAUCAGGCCUGGACAGCAUUCUGUAGCUUCUCCCACUCAUCCUAACGUUCUACGCGGAGGGGGUGGCGUUCUCCUCCAGAACAACCAACCAAUGCCCAUCAGAGGAGGCGGAGCCAAGUUGGAGAAGAGCUGAAGAUGACUUUUUAUCCCUCAUUACCAGUGAUGCAGAAUGCAAGAAAUCUUCAUGGAAACCCAUCAUUCCAUUAGCAUAAAUCCCUCCUGCUGGUGCACAUGGGAGGACUUCUGAAUUUAAGUAUUCAUGGCUGUACUGUUCCACUCCCCAUCUGUCAUGUUUACCUUUUAAAGCAAAUUAUUUUAUGAAUAUUGCACUCUUACACACAAACACAAACAUACAUGCACCAAUUAUAGUUUAAGGAAAUCAAGGAAACAAACAACGUGAAUAAUUGACAGCCCGGAACCCUGUGCAAUCAUCUCUAA